AUGAAACAUACAUUUCUUAAUCUAACUUUACUACAUUUUCUCUUCACAAUAUAUUUUAACAUUAUAGCACAUAAUGCUGCAAAAUACAUCUACGAUAAUAAUUUCUGUCUUGUUUAUUUAGGUAUAACAGAUGAAUUUUGUAGAGCAAAUGAAAUCUGCUCAAAUUAUGGGAAAUCAGUGAGACAGUCAGCAACCCUUGUCGGUGGAAAAUUUUUUCAAACAAUGAAUUAUACUAUAAAUAUACCACAAUCAUUUUGGACAAGUAUUAAUCAAAUUGAACUAAUGAAUGAAAAUAUUGUAGGGUAUGAAAAUGUUAGUAAUUACUGGAUAGAUAGUCAAUCUCAUGAACCACUUUAUAUCAAUCAACUGGAAACAGAUUUAAGAAAUUUUUUUAAAAACAUUGAUGAUUACAGUGGAAAAAAUGUCGCCUAUUAUGAUCAUAAUAAAAAGACUCUACAAAUAACUCAUUCAAAACGUAAAGAUCCCAUUGCUGUCAUAUGUGAACUUGGUGGUAGUAAAACUUGUAAUGCUUCUUACGAUGAAGAAUUCUUAGUGAUAAAGACAUUUCAAAGGUAUCUUUAUCAAAAUGAUAAACGAUUAUUUGCAAACAAUCCAUAUUUCUAUGGAUGUAGUCUACACAAUGGCAACAAAAGUAGGCUUGAAUGUGCUUACAGUUGUAUGUACGGCGACAGAUGUUCACUUUUCUUUCAUGACAAGAUAACAGGAACUUGUGUUCUGACACGUUAUGUCAGAUCUUCAAUGCCUCUAAACUAUUCAAGUGAAAAAGGAGAAUGGAGUGGUUACUUAGUGGUGUGA